UUUGUUAUCAUAACAUUGAAUUUGUCUUAUUGUUGUAAAUCAUAUUAUUACAACUAAAGUGCGUUGUCUGUUGUAAACGAGCCAGAAAAUGACUUCGCUAUUUGAGAAAUUUAACAGUUACCUAAGAGAACCUGGAAUAAUCGUCAAUAUAGCUAAAAGAGGAGAGCAAUUUACAGGAGUUCCUCGAAAGAUUUUUGCUAUUGUUCUCUACGUGUUUAUAGUAGUAUAUCUUAUUAAAGGGUAUGCCCCGGAUCUCAUGAGCAAUUCGAUUGUGUUUGUGUAUCCCGCCUAUUCCACAAUAUGUUCCAUGCAAGGAGAUAAGAUAGAAGAACACAAAGCUUGGCUAAAAUAUUGGAUUAUCUUCGCUUUUUUUGCCACUUUCGAGUUUUGGGUGAAGAAUAUCAUUUAUUAUUUUCCUGUAUAUUGGCUUUUUAAGACUAUUUUGCUUAUGUGGUGCAAUUCCUUUUGGAACUUCACCGGAUCUGUAUGCAUCUACGAUUAUGUGAUUUUUCCAAUGGCCAUACAAGCGUUUGAAAUGCAAGAGAAGCCUUCGAAUUACUGCACGUUUUUUACUCUUGAAUCGUUUUCGAGAUUAUUGGAAAAUGUACCUUGCAGAAAUACACGAAAUAAAUUAUUCUCUAAACUCGAAUCGUUUCUGUUAGCCAAAACUUCUAAUGAAGACAUAAAUGAAGCUCGAAUUGAAGAUGACUUAAAUGAUGAUGAUGCCGUGAAUGACGACGAGGAAGAAUAUUUAAACGACAUCGUUGAAUUUGAAGAUUUGGAAGUUGAAGAUGAAGAUACACACGUAUCACAUGGAGAUAAUGUAUCUUCCCUCGAAAUUUCUGAAGGAAUGGCUAUAGAUUAGGAGAGUUAGAUUCUAAUCCAACGCAUGUGAAAAUUUAAAUAUUCAAUAAAUUCCUGAAUACUUUCAAAAUUAAGUAAAGAUAAAAAUUAAUUAAAAUUUUAUUU